AUGGCACUCUCCAAUCAGAAGGAAGGAAAUCUAAACAACAAGCCCAUUCAAAUCAAUCCAGCAUACGAACUGAAGUGCCAGUAUACAGUGGAGAUGGUGCCAGUGUUUCAGCUGCGUGUUUGGUAUAGAGCAUGUGAAGUUCGGGAGCAAAUAAAUUACUUCUCUAAAUCUCUUGGUCAAACAGUCACCAAGAAAUACCAAAUGGUCUGCUUGCCAACUCAGUCUGACAACCUGCAAAUCUCAAGGGAAGUAGGAAAAACGCGUUGUACUCCAAGCUUCAUGGAGAUUUCUGAAACUCCCCGUGAAUGGCUUGUUGAUAUAAAUAAUGGACAAACCAUAACUACCAUGACCUUGCUGCAGGCUCGCUCAAAAGGCUACGAGUUCACUGUUGCCAACAACCUGAUGACUGUCCGAGCAUACUUUACAGCUACGGGAAUCCAGGAAUUUGGGCAACUCCCGUCGGACAAGGUUCUCUACCUUGCAGACCUCACGCUGAAGUAUGAUUCUGGCUUUGGAAAGAUCACAAUACUUGUAUUAAUGAUCUGUGUACCUGCUCCUGUGAGGUGUAACAGAAUGAACGUUAUCAUUGAGGUCCCCUCCUUUGUUGGAACGUUCACUAAUUUGGCGAUUGGGACACGUCUGUACCUUCCGUCAUUGCCAUCCUCAGACCUUUCUAUAUCCAGUCAACAGAACAUGUUGCGCAUCACUGUGCCAAAGAGAUAUCCCUUGGCUCAGACCAUGGCUUGUCCUCUAGGGUUCCUAACUGGUGUGAAGACUGUCUUGCCAGACACGAAACUGACUUUUAAUGUGAGAGGCACCCAGACUUCCAUGACUUUCACACCUGUUUGCCCAUGUGAGAUGAAAGGGGCAGAUCCUGAAGUGCUUUGCCAAGAUGGCUUCAUGGAUUUUGAAGUGAGGAGCAAUGAUACCCUGCCACCUCUGGACCUGAGCACCGUACGACUGAGGGAUCCAACAUGCAGCCCCUCCGUUGCUUCCAAAGACAGCCUUCUGUUCCACGUUCCCUUAGCCAGCUGUGGCACAACAUCAAAGGUGGUAAAUGGCAAGCUGGUUUAUGAAAAUGAGAUCCGUGCACUACUGAAAGAUCAACCUUUAUUGGGAGUAAUUACAAGAGACAGCGAGUAUGUGUUGACUGUGCAGUGCUAUUAUGAUCACACAGCUGAUGCAAAUCUAAUUGUGGAUGUGAAGACCAAUGCACCCCCUCCUCCUGCUGUGGAACAAGGAGACUUAAUUGUUGUGCUUCGAGCUUACCCAGAUGUUCUGUACAGAACUCCCUAUAGAGACCAGGCUUACCCUGUAGUGAAAUAUCUGAGGGACCCCCUUUAUCUGGAGGUGCAGGUGCUGAACAGACUGGACCCAAACAUCAAGCUGGUUCUGGAUGACUGCUGGGCAACUGGAUUCCCUAGCCCAAGCUCCUUGCCUCGCUGGAACAUCAUUGUUGAUGGCUGUCCAUAUGAUGGAGACAACUACAUGACUGUAUUCCAUCCCAUGUCUGAGUUCCUUGGAAUUCCAUUCCCAAGCCACUACAGGAGGUUUGAGGUGAAGAUGUUCACUUUUGUCUCUGGAGGAGUACUGCAGGCUAACUCGGUCUAG